UUUUCUCCUCUCUCCCUAGGCCGCUGUGGUAGGUCUGCCGCUCAGACUCCUGCGCCGAGAAUGAAUGAGGGAAGGAAGCAAACACAGCCCUUGGCUAAGGACAGGGGCUUUCUGAAGGGUUGUCUGAAUCUUGUUCUCUCCCGGCUCUGUCAGGUGUGCUGAACAUGCUGCUGACAAUGCUGAAUGUGUUGCUGAUGAUACUGCCUGUCUCCAAGACCCCUUACGUGGAAGAAUUUUAGGGGUUGCUGUGCAGAUCAAUGGACGUGGACCCCUAUGCCAGCAUGCAGGUUGGGAUGCGGGUAGUUCGUGGGGUGGACUGGAAGUGGGGCAGCCAGGACAGCGGUGAAGGGAAUGUUGGGACUGUCGUUGAGAUUGGUCGGACAGGCAGCCCAACCACUCCAGAUAAGACUGUGGUCGUGCAGUGGGAUCAAGGCAACAGAACCAAUUAUCGGACUGGAUUCCAAGGGGCUUACGACCUUCUUCUGUAUGAUAACGCACAAAUAGGUGUCCGUCACCCUAACAUCAUCUGUGACUGUUGCAAGAAGCAUGGUAUACGGGGAAUGCGGUGGAAAUGCAAAAUGUGUUUUGACUAUGACUUGUGCACACAGUGUUACAUGAACAACAAGCAUGAUCUGUCUCACUCCUUCGAGCGCUAUGAGACGGCACACUCACAACCAGUCCUGGUGAGUCCUCGACAGAAUUUGACUCGCAUCACGUUAAAAGGGACUUUCCAGGGGGCUAAAGUAGUCCGUGGCCCCGACUGGGAGUGGGGUAACCAGGAUGGUGGUGAAGGUAAAACUGGACGUGUGGUUGAUAUUCGUGGCUGGGAUGUAGAGACCGGACGCAGUGUGGCCAGCGUCACCUGGUCUGAUGGUACCACGAAUGUCUACAGAGUUGGGCACAAGGGAAAAGUGGACCUGAAAUGUACUGUGGAGGCAUCUGGUGGCUUUUACUACAAAGAGCAUCUCCCAAAAUUAGGAAAACCAGCUGAACUGCAGAGGAAAGAAAGCACGGACAGGCAUCCGUUCCAGCAUGGGGACAAAGUGAAAUGCCUGCUGGACAUUGACAUCUUGCGGGAGAUGCAGGAGGGCCACGGUGGCUGGAAUCCUAAAAUGGCUGAGUUCAUUGGCCAGACAGGGACUGUGCACAGAAUCACGGACAGAGGGGACGUGAGGGUGCAGUUCAACAGUGAAACCCGCUGGACUUUCCAUCCUGGAGCUCUGACUAAGCUCAACACCUUUUGGGUUGGUGAUGUUGUCCGAGUGAUAGAUGAUAUGGAAACAGUGAAGCGAUUCCAACCUGGUCAUGGGGAGUGGACAGAUGAAAUGGCACCUACCCUGGGGCACAUCGGCAAAGUGAUCAAAGUCUAUGGGGAUGGAGAUUUGCGAGUGUCGGUUGGAGGGCAGUCCUGGACGUUUAACCCAGCUUGCCUGACAGCCUAUCAGAGAGAUGAGGAAGCAAACCUCAUGACAACGGAGAAUGCAAAGGAAUCAAAAAGUACUUUGAUUACUGUAUUGGAGAAACUGCUGUCCCAGAAGACAGAGUCAGAGCAUGCAGGCUGCCUGGUCAUUUGUGCAGCACUCAACAACGCAGCUAAAGUUCGGGAGCUCAUUCAGAAGUACCCAGACAAGGUCGACGCAAAGAACCAGGGCAGAACUGCCCUGCAGAUUGCCUCUUAUCAGGGGCAUCUGGAUGUUGUGAAGAUUUUGCUGCAGGCACACGCCACUGUCAACCUAAGGGACGAAGAGGGGGAUACAGCACUGCAUUACGCAGCUUUUGGAAACCAAGCUGAGGUUGCCCGUGUGCUUAUUGGUAAAGGAGCCAGUGCAGACCUGUUAAACAAUGCAAAGUGUACAGCGUUGUAUGUCGCUGUCAGUCAAGGAUUCACAGAGGUGGUGCGGACCCUCUGUGAGCUCAACUGUGAUGUCAACCUCCCAGAUUCCCAGGGAGACACCCCCCUGCAUUAUGCUAUCACUGCAGAUUACAAAGUUGUUAUUGAGAUUCUCACUGAAGUACCCAACAUAGACUUUACUGUCCAGAAUUGUCAAGGCUUCAACCUGCUCCACUAUUCUGCUCUAAAAGGCAACAAGCUAGCCAUAAAGAAGAUUCUAGCAAGAGCUCGGCAGCUGGUUGACUCCAAAAAGGAAGAUGGCUUCACUGCCCUGCACCUUGCUGCUCUCAAUAAUCACAAAGAAGUGGCAGAAAUUCUCAUCAAAGAGGGUCGCUGUGAUGUCAACCUCAAGAACAACCGUAACCAGACACCGCUGCACCUGGCUGUCAUCCAGGGCCAUGUAGGGAUGGUGCAACUGCUGGUCAGCGAAGGCAGUGAUGUCAAUGCUGAAGAUGAGGACGGGGACACAGCCAUGCACAUUGCCUUGGAACGGCAGCAGCUAAUGUCUGUCAUGAUGGAGAAGCGUGAAGGGGAGAUGGGGUUGUCCCUCCUUUCCAAGCUGCAGGCUUCUGGCUUUCUUGGAAAUGUAGAGCUGAAUGUUGGAACUGCAAUUGCAUGUUACUUAGCACAAGAAGGAGCAGAUAUUAAUUAUGCAAACCAUCGGGGAAAGUCUCCUUUAGACCUCAUUACAGAUGGAAGGAUUGUCCAGAUCGUCAAAGACUUCUCACAGAAAUUCAGGGAACAGCAGGUUUCUUCAGACAGCUCAGCCAUCACCUGCAGCCUUCGCCGUGUGCACACCACCCCCAACACAAUGACCAACCUUAGUGUCUCGAGUGUGGCAGUCCCUACAGAGUGCCUGGUCUGCUCAGAGCUGGCCUUGCUCAUCCAUUUCUUUCCAUGCCAGCACAGUAUUGUGUGUGAAGAAUGCUCCAGGAGAAUGAAGAAGUGCAUCAAAUGUCAAGUGACGAUAACCAAAAAACUGAAACAAGACAGCACCGAGGUAGAGUGCAGCCCAAGCUCUGAAUCCACAGAUCAGAGGAAGCUCAUGGAGGAGCUGCAGAACCGCUACCGGCAGAUGGAAGAGCGCAUCACCUGCCCUAUUUGCAUCGAUGACCAAAUCAAACUGGUCUUCCAGUGUGGACAUGGCUCUUGCCCGGACUGCAGCACAGCCCUUACUGUCUGCCCAAUCUGCCGGCAGGCUAUCCGGGAGAGGAUUCAGAUCUUUGUCUGAGGAUACGCUUGCUUCCCUUCCCAUUCCCACCUCCCUCCUUUACUUCCUUUUUGUUUGCAUUUUUAGAUGAGAAGCGCUAGUCAGGCUGAUGUGUUUGGCUACCUGCAAAGCCAUCCUGAAAGAGAGGGAAGCAAAUAACUGAUGUGAUUUGGGUGGAGGUGGAGGGAGUCCCCUCUACUUACAAUGUCAUAAGGCCAAGGAGCGGUGCUUGAGGGCAGGCAGCCCCCUCACACUGUGCUGCUGAUCCGUCAGAAAGACCUGAAGUAAAGAACACUGACCUGCCUACUGAAGGCAGAAGAGACUUUCAGACCAGAGGCGAAUAGACUUCCAUAUGCAGAUGUUUUCAACGGCAUCCAACUCCAGUGACUGCGUCAUGUCUAGUGCCCUGCUGUGUCAGAUUUGCAGCCUUGCACUGCUCUGAAAGGAGAUGCUGUAGGAGGAUAUACCUCGUACCUUGGCAGGCAAUGGCAAAGCAUAUGCUUGCACUUCACGUGAGGAGGUACCAGAGGAGAUCAGUCAUGGCGUCAGUUCUCCCAGAUGCCUGACGGUGGUAGGGAGGUAAUGUCCUAAGACAGCAUGCUCUCUGAACUAGUACUUACGGGCUCAACAAGAACUUGGACUGACAGAGGCAAAUCUGGAUGUAAUGAGAUCCUAAAGACAGAGUGUGUGCCUUAGAGAUAAAGUAGUGAACAUUGAUUGGAGAAAAUAUGUUGUUACAACAAAUAUUUCUAACCUCUAAGUGACACUCUUCUUCCCUUUUUUUUUUUUUUUGGCACAACCAUGUGUUCAGAGACUCCUGAGCUUUCUAUCCAUAAUGCCAAAGGCAGGUGUUAAAUACUCCAAUCAAAGUGUAAAGAAAAUAAAUAGUAAUAAUUAAGACAUGAGAAAAAGGGAUUUCAUUUUUGUUUCUUUGUUUUGCAGAAAAACUUAAUAAAAUAAAAUAUAUAUUUUUCAGACCAUUAAAAUGAAUGUACAAACAGUAGCUGAAAUAUGGAUCCAGCUGUAUUGUGUUUUCCAACUGUCUGACUGAAGAAUAUUACCCACUGAGUCCAUCUUGUAAAAUAACUGUUGGUGGAAGUGGCAACCUGUGGGGCUAGUGUGCCCUGGGUGUGUGUAUGUAUACAUACGUGUUUGCGUGUGUGGUGUAUAUCUUUAAUGACACAAUUAUACACAAGCAUACUGUUUGUUACAUAUUGCAAGCAAUAUCUAAAACAAGUAACAAUAUUGUGUUCCUCUACUAUCUUUGUCCAUUAGCAAAGAGAUGGCAAAUCUUUUAAAGAAAUUUUUAACUUUGUGGACUAUAUGGUAGUUACAGGAAUAUUUAUUUCUUCGUAAUCCCUUGGUGGUGUGAGAAAGUCUUAUGUCACAACCUCUGAUUCCUAUAGAUAAUCUUUGUCAAAAUACUCACUUGAGGCUGUUACAGUUUCAGUGGAUUUUUUUGAGCUAUGAAAAUGGAUCAGAUUUAACCCCUAAAUUAUUUGGUUGGGUUAGAUUUAACACCCAAAUAACCUAAAGCUGAAUUUCUGAAUCAGCUUUGGUAAAAAUCAGAGGUACAGAUACUCAUUUCCUAGAAGUUCAUGUUAGUGUAAAGUCCUUUGGAAUAAACCAGACGUUUCCCUAAAGCGUUUGCUGUAUUGUGGUAGGGCAACAACAGAAAAGUACUGUGCAAAGGCUAUUUUCAAAAAGUACAAGACUGAGCCAUCUUUAUAAUGUAAGAGCUGCUUUAACCACUAUUUGGUGCAAGUGAAUAAUUUUCCAGACUAUGUAUUACCCCAACCCCAUGCUGGGCGUUUUUUGAAAUACAGUUCUUUCACAAGCCUCUACAUAAAAUCCAAAAGCAGUUUACUAAAGGUGAAACUGGUUGGUACUUCA